CAGUCCAACAUAUGACAGAACUACCAGUCCUUUGUAUAUCUUGCAGAGGAGAGCAGAGCCAUCUCCCUUUUAGCUGUUCCCAGUUGUGUUCUUGGAUCAUAGCAAAGAUUAUCGUUGUUUCCCUUGGGUGACUCUUCCCUUUGGCGUGCAAUUCUCUGCCCCUUCCACAUCGGUUCUAUUGAUCUGAUCACGAUAUGGCGAGGCCCGGGAACAAGAUCGUUCAGUCCAAACUGGUGGUCCUGAUUUUAGGUGGUGUAAAACGCUUCUCCACCAUAUUGCAGGUGGUUCUAGGCGACAUGGGAACCGGGAAAACAAGUCUGGUACUCAGAUUCGUAAAGGGCCAAUUCUUCAAUCACCAGGAACCAACUAUCGGAGCAGCUUUCUUCACCCAAAUCCUGUCUCUGACCGAAGCAACAGUGAAGUUUGAUAUAUGGGACACCGCAGGACAGGAAAGGUACCACAGCCUGGCUCCUAUGUAUUAUCGAGGGGCAGCGGCAGCAAUAAUUGUGUACGAUGUCUCAAGCACGGACACGUUUGUUCGUGCCAAGAAAUGGGUUCAGGAAGUGCAGAGACAAGGAAAUAGGAACAUGGUGAUGGCACUGGUCGCCAACAAGUCGGAUUUAGAGGAGAAGAGGGAAGUUCAAAAUGAGGACGGGGAGCAAUUUGCACAAGAAAAUGGGAUGUUCUUCAUGGAAACGUCUGCCAAGACCGCGCUAAACGUGAAUGAGCUUUUCUACGAGAUAGCAAAGAGAUUGGCAAAGGCCAACCCGUCAAAACCGAGCGGGAUGACGCUGAACAGCGGCGCGCAAGAUCGAAGGAGAAAACUUCUUUGUUGCUUAGGAUAAUAAUGAGCAAGUGGUUUCGAAGUCAUACCGUAUACCGAGAAAUAACUCUGGCUUUCUUCUUCCGUUCAUGAUUUGUAUAUAACACAUCUGUUCUUGGUGUCAUUUUCUGUCAUGUUUCCUUACCUUCGAACUGCUGGAAUCUGUAAAAUACAUCCGUUGCUUCCGCUUCUUC